AUGUCUAAACAGGUUACGCAAGAAACGGCUACAGCUAGACUCCGGGCUCAACUGGCAGAGCCAGGGAAAAUCAUUGUGUGUCCAGGUGUAUACGAUGGCUUUACGGCUCGCAUGGCUCUUAAAGCCGGCUUUGACUGCCUAUACAUGACAGGAGCCGGCACAACAAUGUCUAGGCUGGGGAUGCCAGACCUAGGUAUUGCGACACUGAACGAUAUGCGAGAUGCAGCGUCUAUGAUUGCCUCAUUGGAUCAAAGUGUGCCUCUCAUCGCCGAUGCAGACACCGGAUUUGGUGGCCCUGUAAUGGUUGGGCGAACCGUGUCUCAGUACAUGCAAGCCGGAGUGGCCGCACUACAUCUAGAAGAUCAGGUCCAGUCUAAGCGCUGUGGCCAUCUUCUGAACAAGCAAAUUGUCUCUCAGGAUGAGUUUGUAUCUCGCAUCCGGGCCGCGAAUCUAGUAAGGAACCAGCGUUUGGGCGACAUUCUCAUUAUUGCUCGCACAGAUGCCCUGCAGUCUGAGGGUUACGAAGUAGCAAGGGAUCGUCUUAAAGCCGCCAUUGCUGUGGGAGCAGAUAUCGCUUUCCUCGAAGGUAUCACGUCGAAAGAGCAAGCUCGACAGAUUUGUGCGGAUCUGGCUCCAACUCCUGUCAUGUAUAACAAUGUGCCUGGGGGGUUGUCUCCCGACUUGUCCGCUCAGGAAGCUGAAGAGCUAGGUUUCAAGCUCAUCAUAUAUCCUGGACUAUGUCUUGAGCCCGUUUUCGAAGCAGUGACGAGAGCCAUGGAGAAAUUGAAGGAGGAUGGGGCUCCUCCAAGGACUGCAUUGGGUCGCAACGGUUCACCCAAGGCGUUAUUUGAGGUGGUGGGACUGCGCGAAUGUAUCGGGCUGGAUGCCGCUGCUGGCGGCGCAUCGUAUAGUGGUGGUGUGUGA